AUGACCACCCUCGGCGAUGACCUCCUGCGUACCGUCAACAAGCUCCAGGACCUUGUCUUUAACACCAUCGGCAAUGACUCCCUCGAUUUGCCUCAGAUAGUCGUGGUCGGCUCCCAAUCGUCCGGGAAGUCGUCGGUCCUUGAAAACAUUGUCGGCAGAGACUUUCUUCCUCGAGGGAGUGGCAUUGUCACUCGUCGGCCGCUGAUCUUGCAGCUGAUCAAUAUCCCCCCGGAUGAGGAUGAUGCCACUAACGAUGGCGACGAAAUCCAUGUCCCCCAUACUGCGGCCAGCGUGGCCGAACAUGGAGAAUGGGCCGAGUUCCAUCAUCUUCCCGGCCGCAAGUUCACGGACUUCAAUCAAGUUCGUGCCGAGAUUGAAAACGAGACUGCGCGAAUUGCCGGUAACAAUAAGGGCAUCAAUCGCCAACCCAUCAACCUCAAAAUAUUCUCUCCGCAUGUCCUGAAUUUGACCUUGGUUGAUUUGCCUGGAUUAACCAAGGUCCCUAUCGGCGAUCAACCGUCCGACAUCGAAAAGCAGACACGGACCCUUAUCUCAGAGUAUAUUGCGAAACCGAACAGCAUCAUCCUCGCCGUCUCCCCCGCGAACGUCGAUAUUGUUAACUCGGAGGCGCUCAAGCUCGCGCGUCAUGUGGAUCCUCUGGGAAGAAGAACGAUCGGUGUCCUCACAAAGCUGGAUUUGAUGGAUCAUGGCACAAAUGCCCUGGAUAUCCUGUCCGGUCGUGUAUACCCUCUCAAGCUUGGAUUUAUUGGUGUCGUCAACCGAUCCCAACAAGACAUUCAGACCAAUAAGCCCAUGUCAGAGGCUCUCAAAGCAGAGGCGGAAUUCUUCAGGCACCAUCCUGCAUACCGGAAUAUGGCUAACAGAUGCGGGACACAAUAUCUGGCAAAGACCCUGAAUACGACGCUGAUGGCACAUAUUCGAGAUCGGCUGCCGGACAUCAAGGCUAGAUUAAACACAUUGAUGGGACAAACACAACAAGAGCUCGCCAGCUACGGUAGCAAACAAUUCAGUGGCAAAGAGCACCGUGGCUCGUUGAUCCUUCAGUUGAUGACGCGCUUUGCCAACUCCUUCAUCUCGUCCAUCGACGGGACAUCCUCGGAAAUAUCAACCAAAGAACUUUGUGGAGGCGCUCGGAUAUACUACAUAUUCAACUCGGUCUUUGGCAAUUCGUUAGAGACGAUUGAUCCUACGCACAAUCUUUCGGUUUUGGAUAUCCGCACGGCGAUUCGCAACUCAACUGGGCCCCGGCCGAGUCUUUUCGUUCCUGAACUGGCCUUUGACCUGCUGGUGAAGCCUCAAAUCAAACUGCUGGAAAUCCCAAGUCAACGCUGUGUCGAGCUGGUAUAUGAAGAAUUGAUCAAGAUCUGCCAUACUUGCGGGUCGCAGGAACUGUCCAGAUUCCCCAGACUGCAGGGUAAACUCAUCGAAGUCGUGUCGGACUUGCUCAGAGAACGUUUGGGACCGUGCUCCAAUUAUGUUGAGUCAUUGAUCUCCAUUCAAAGAGCCUACAUCAACACAAACCAUCCAAACUUCCUUGGUGCCGCCGCGGCGAUGUCUUCUGUUAUUGCCAGCAAGAACGAGAAGGACAAGCGAGCAGCACAGGAAGCCGAAAAGCGAAAACGGGAGAAGCAAAAGUUGAAGCAACUGGGCGCCAAUGGUACUGCCACACCAGACGAGGAGGACGCAGAGCAAGAGGACAAAACGGCAACACUUCCCAUCAGAAAACAUCCGGCUGUUGCUCGAAGCAUGUCUCCUGCCGUGUCGCGAGAUCGGGAAAACGGCUUGGGCAGUAUCUCAGUGGCAGCAGGAAAUCAGGGCAAUGCCAGAGAUUCCUUCCUGAACUACUUUUUCGGAAAAGAUGGAGGAUUACCCUCUACUGCGCCAUCUGUGCCACCGUCAACAUCCACACAACAUCGACACCCCAGUCAAAACAUCGAAGCCAGCUUUUCUCAAAGCAUGCGGCGAAUGGAGAGAGGCAGCUUUGCGGACCGCACACCUGCCUCUGCCUUUCCUCCGCCAAUGGCUGAUGAAUAUGCCGCCUCCGAAUACGGCGAAUCGAAUUCUCUUUUCCCCGAGCAAUCCGCCGAACCCGUGCUGUCGGAUCGUGAAGCGCUCGAGACCGAGCUCAUUCGACGCCUGAUCAGCUCUUACUUCAACAUCGUUCGGGAGACCAUCGCCGAUCAGGUCCCCAAGGCCAUCAUGCACCUCCUCGUCAACCAUAGCAGGGAUGAGGUCCAGAACCGGCUGGUUUCGGAGCUUUAUAAGGAGGAGUUGUUCGGCGAGCUCCUAUACGAAGACGACGGAAUCAAGAAGGAACGUGAAAAAUGCGAGAAGUUGCUGGCCACAUACAAAGAGGCCGCCAAGAUCGUUGGAGAGGUCUUGUAG